AUGAUUCAAAAUCAGGUGAUCGACAAUCCGCAACUUAUCAAACUUCCAUUUCCACCAAAAAUUAAUUCACGUGAUUUAGUUGUUUUCCAUCCCGAUGGUCGUGUUCCAAAAACUCCUAACGCCUUUAUGAUUUAUCGAAAAUUAUUUGUCGAAACUGCUCGUGCAAGUGGUUAUAACUUGCCAAUGAAUAUCAUCUCCCUAAUGGUAUCUCGUUCAUGGGAACAAGAACCUGAAGAAAUCAAAAAUGAAUAUAAAAGAAUCGCAAAAGAAGCUUUCAAUUAUCGUAAUGAAUUAUUUCCUAAGAUAAAACCUCAAAAGAAGAGGGAUCAAUGGAAAACUGUUUCAUUCGAUAAACCUUCAGUUCGUAAAACUAAAAUUCCUAAACCUAUGAAAUCUGUCAAUAAAUCCACAAAACACAAACAACUCCAAGUUACUCCUAAUAACGAUUUAUUAGCUUCCAAUUUUGAUCAUUUAAGUGAUUUAAGUGAUUUAAGUGAUAUUGAUAUGAAUUCACCAAUUUUUGACCUUGAUUUAUUUACUGGUUGGGCAGAUUUCUUUAGCAAUCAAAAUACUUAUUCGAGUCCCGACUUAUCAAUAACUUCUAGUAGCAAUAAUUCUCCUAGUUCAGAUAAUUUCGAUUUUUCAGUUCAACAAGUCAACGAUGAUAACAAUUGUAUUUUAGAUGAUUUAGUCACCAAUUUUGAUGACCAAUUAUCUUUCUUGCCUAAUUUAUCAAAUACAACAACAAUAUAUCAAGAUAAUUUAAACGAUGCAUUAAUUGCUUAUGAGAUGGGUUUUAAUUACCCUAUCUAA